CGCCCGCGCUCCCCUCCCCACCCCUCGCUCCCUUGGCUGAGCCCCGGCGCACGGCUCCACGCCAGCCCGAGGCUCGGGCCGCGGCGGCAGGCCCCGGCCUCUGAUUUCUCUUUAAACCACCACCCCCUCCUCCUCACCCCCUCGCUUUGUUUCGGCAAAUUGCAAUAAAGUCGGGCGGCGGGUGGCCAUGAAAAGCUGUUUCUGCGUCAGACGGAGGGACGAGCUGCCGCAGCUAACAAGUCGUUCAAUGAUGCCUGAAAUAUGGGAUCUGUCUGAAGCUUUGCCGGAUUUGUCCAUGGAUCCAAUUACGGGUGUUGGAGUGGUUGCAUCACGGUAUCGGGCACCUGCCAGUUACGAAGUAAUUUCGCUAACAGCAGAUGGCUUGGAUGCUGACCUCUGGAAGGACGGCUUAUUUAAAUCUAAGGUCACUAGAUAUCUCUGUUUUACGAGAUCAUUUUCUAAGGAAAACAGCCAUUUAGGGAACGUGCUAGUGGAUAUGAAGCUGAUCGAUUUAAAGGAUACUUUACCAGUGGGCUUUAUCCCUAUUCAAGAAACAGUGGACACACAGGAGCCAGCUUUCAGGAAGAGAAGAUUGUGCAUCAAGUUUAUUCCUCGUGACUCGACUGAAGCUGCCAUUUGUGAUGUAAAAAUCUUUGGCAAAUCCAAGCAGGCUCCCCCACAAUAUACCUUCAUUGGGGAGUUGAAUAAUAUGGGAAUCUGGUACAGAAUGGGAAAAGUUCCAAGGACACAAGAAAUCCCAACCUCAGCCACAGUGGCGACAACAACAACGUCUGUAGCCCUGACGUCAUCUUCACCAACGCCUGCUCCUAACCUUCCCAGGCACAUAUCUUUGACACUUCCUGCCAGUUUCCGAAAUAAGGUGCCUGGUACCAGGCCAGACUUUGAACACCAGACCUCCAGCCUAUAUGCCAUAUCAGCAAUGGAUGGCGUGCCUUUCACGAUUUCAGAGAAAUUCGCAAGUGCAAUAGAAGCUGUGCAGCCAGAUGAUUUAAUGGGCAUAACAAUCAAAUCGUUGGCUGAAAUAGAAAGGGAAAUAUUGGAACAUGUAAAGGAAAAAGCUCUCUAUAUGCAUUCAGCUAGCGUGAACAGAAUUGUACUGUUCACUUGUGCUCCUGAUUCUCAGUGGAAACACCAUGUUUCUCCAUAAGUACGACUACAGCUUUAGAACAGAACAGAGUGCGGCUGCUCGUCUCCCACCAAGUCCCGCAAAAUGCCUGCAGUCACCGAUGUCCUGAAGACUGAUCUUACUGGGACUGGUGUAAAACUCUGGGACAGAUAACUACUGGAACAAGCACCGUCAGAAGCAGCAUUGUUGGAGAUUUUGCAUUAUGUACCUUCUACUGAAAUAGCAGCCUUGUACUGGCAAAAUGGACAGUAUUUCCAAUAACCAACAAUCUACCUACAACUUAACCUUUUGUACAUGGACUUUUGUAAAUAGUGGUUAACGCAAUCCUUAAUUUCAGAUCUUCAGCCCUCGGAUGUGAUUAACCUGUUAUUAAGCAAAGGCUGGGCGUUUUUGCUUUCAUGAGCCAUAGUUUAUAUCUUUUCAUUGUUUCUUUCACCUGUGUAAUUUUGCACACUUUAGAAAUCCUACUAGAACAGUCACUUUCACAAUCUGUGCAGAAUCUUGGUUAAUAUAUAAUCAGACAUUUCUUUUAAAACAGUAUACAAAAUUAGAAGUACUUUUUAAACUGAAAAAAAAAACUUGGAAAUAUCAUGACAUAGCUGCUUUAUUUACUAAUAAUUCAAACUUUUAUCCCAAAAUAUUGAAUGAUAUUCAAGCCUGAAUUUAGCAAAGUCAAUGUAUUGUUUUUUCUGUGCAGGUCAGCAAACGGGGAAUUAGAGACGCUCACGAGUAUUGGUUAUCUCACAAUGUGCCGAAAUACAUUUGUACAUGAGCGUUCUCGCAUUGUUUUCUUUCCAUUGCUCCUUUAAUCCAAGACCGCUCUCCACCCUUUAUGGGUUGUGGUUUAAUCCGUGCUUGCUCUCUUUAUUUCUUCCCCUGAAUUCUUCAAGGCUGUUAAAUUUUCUGUCAGAAUUAAUGUGAUACCAGAAACCCAAGUUGGAUAAAAUUCCAGCAGAUUUUCGGUGCUGUUAGUAAAGUAUUUUUCUCUUUUUAUCCCCCCCCCCAGUUUUCUGUUGAGAUUGUCAUUAUCUUCAGCAAAACCUUCCAGCCUGUAAAUUCUUUCACCGUACUUUUUUUUAAAUGUUGUUUUAAGAAAACAGUAUUGGUUAUGUGGUAAUUGGUGAAUGAGAAUUAAAACAGGAUCUUCCUCAUUGAUACUUUAUCAACCUGAGGCAUUUGUGCUAUCUGAAUGCAUUAUUUGAUUAUAGUCUUUCUACACUUACAUAAAGUAUGAUUCUGUGAUUGUAAUCUGAGUGAAAAGUAUAGGUUUGUCAAAUGCACUGAAUUUGCUUUGCACUGCAUUUUGAUUUAAUAUUUUGGGCUCUCUUUAUAACAUGCAUUUUGCUUUUCAAAACUCCUUUUUUUUGUCUUGUUUGGAACUCUUAACACUGUGGAAAUGCUGUGUUACGAAGCCUUGCUAUUGUCUCUUUCUUCAAUGGCAAAGCUUUGCUCACCAGCCUUUCGCCCAACAAACCCAGCUGAGCACUGCUGCCUCUUUGCAACCCGUACCAGGAAAAGUCGACGUUCAGUCCUAAGCGUGCAGCAGACACCAGACAGUGGACAGCAGCUGAUGAACAAAGUAGACACAAGCUGACUGGUUUAUACUUAGCCUGUAGCUGUUAUGUAUAGCGAUUUUUCCACCCUUCCCAUCAGCACCUACCCCCCCCCCCCCCCCCCCCGAUGUCUUCAUGCCCAGUGCAAACCAAAAGCUGCCCAUUGUCAGACCGGUUUUGUGGGUCAAGCUGAAUAGUUGUCAGUGCUUUAGAACUGCAUGUCUGUAACUGUGUGUGGGGAAACUUGUUUAGGAUAGUGCCUCAUAACCCGUGGUGUAAAACAAGUAUUCUGACUCGGCACAGUAUGCUUGAGCUAGGUGUUUCAAAGCCUUGGAACAGUUGAUUUUUCAGUCCUGCAUGAGCUGUGUCCUUAAUUCUUUAGUCUAAGGAAGCGGAGCUGCAUUUCCUGUGUCUAUUUUGUCGAGAUUACGCAAAGCACCUGAUCGUUGUUUCCGAAAAGACAUUUUGUUUUCAUAUUGACUGCAACUAACAAUAUGGAGGAGCUUAGAGAUGCAACGGUAGUCUGUUACUGAAGGAGAAACCUUUUUGUAAAACAGAGCUGAUUGCUUUAAGUAUGGUCAGCUAUCUUCAUUUCACUCACUUGCGUUUAUUUUAAUUAAAACAUAACAACAUGAGACAUUUGAAGUGUAGAAAUUCCACCCAAAUACUACAAUUUCUUUGAAAAUAUUUGAAAAACUUUUAGCUUUCUUAACAGCUGAUUUUUAAUUAUGUGGGAGAUUUAAACCACUGUUCUGAAAAAUUUUGAAAUUAAACCUUUGCUGUAUUUAUUGUAAACUUGUCUCUGUACUUGCAGACGAAGUUUUACAAUUUGGUUUAUAGCGUCUGUAUUAAUGUAACUUGUUAAAUAAAAUAUCCAUUUUAACUGGC